AAGAUGCGAGGGCUGAUCUUUGCCUCGCUCGCCCUCUUGCCACCUUUCUCGGGGCUCUGGGGCUCUGCCGAGCUCCCCCAGAGCGACCGCACUUGGUGCCACGCAUCCGGGGCCUGCUACAGCGUCCACUUAGGCAGCAUGAAGUUUUACCAGGCUCAGAAAACAUGCGCCCAGCACGGGGGAGCUCUGAGCACGGCCAGCAGCCGCACCGAAGUCGGAGUCAUCCUCUCUCUGCUGAAAGGACUCGCCAACGAGACGGGCGGCUCUUUGUUUUGGUUGGGCCUGGUGAAGAAAGUCCAGCAGUGCACCCUUGAAGACCAGCCGCUCAGGGGGUUCUCCUGGGUUUCCCCGGGGCUUGAGGAACCCGGGGCCAACGGGACCGCCACGCCGCCCAAGUGGCUCAGAGAACCGAACAAAUCCUGCACGAAGCAGAGGUGCGCCGGGUUGCAAGUCAGUUUGGCCCAACCGCACCUCCACCCGUGGGGCCUGAAGGACCACGACUGCUUCAAGGCAAGCCCGGGUUAUGUCUGUAAAUACAGCUAUGCGGGCACGUGCCCCGCCCUCCCCUCGGCUUCUGGCGCCCGCGGAAUGGUCUACUACAGGCUGCCUUUUCAGCUUCAAAGCCCGGACAUAGAAUCCAGCCCUCCGGGGACCAAUCUUACUAUAAGGUGCCCCGGGCGAGAGGCGCGUUUCACUUGCCUCCUGUCGCCCAGCGGCUUCCAUUGGGAAGGCACCGAGCAGGACCUCUGCUCCUGUCCCAGCGGCUACUGGAGCCCGAGCAGCGGAGACUGUGCGGAAUUCAAGGACUGCUUUAGUGCCCUAGGCGCGUUCCGUUGUUUAUGCUCUUGGAGAUCCCGCUUGGCGGCCGACGAAAAGAGUUGCGUCGCCGCAACGACGGCGCAACCCAGCGUAUCUACUACGAGAGCUACGGGAACUUUCCCUGCCAACAGCACCAGCGGACCUGGUCAAAAUGCAUCGUUUCUGGAACCGUUUCCCACUCAGGCUUCUGCAAAUGCCUUCAACUAUAUCUUCAUCCUGAUCACGGUGGGGGUGGUGGCUCUUUCGAUUAUGGUCAUGGUCUCGCUCCAGGUCUUUCAGACCUGCUUCAAGAACUGCUCUUCCAAGAGAUCCCAGCCUACAAAAGAUGGUGCUGUGGUUGUAGAAGGCGAUCCAGAAGCCUCUGCCACCCGCACCAACUCUGAACGUUCCCUGGGACCCAGCAAAGCAGAGACCAUAGCUUCUCAGUAAGAUUUUAAGCCAGCCGAAUUGAGACAACCAUAAGGAGGCUGAAAAGAUAAUAUUAGAAUAUUUGGAGAAGAAAUCCAGUGGGGGGACGAAAAGGAGAUAUUCUUUUGAAUAUAAUAAAUGGUAGCAAAUGUUGUACGGGUUACAUAUGUAAACAUGGAAGUUAUGUUUUUUGUUUGAAGGCAGUUGUGUUUUUUUUUUUUUUUGACACCAUUUGAUGAAUUAGAACGGUUCUUUUCUUGGAGAUGCCCUUGGCAACAUUGAUCAGAAAUCUCUCCUCCCCACCAUCUAGAUUAUUCCUUAAAAUAGAAGAGAUAAAACGAUGAGAAACGACAGUGCAUAUUUCUUGCAGUGAUCCAGCUAGAUUAUUGAAAAAUGGACUGCUGUAAGUGACUGUGCUGUGUGAAGGCCACCACUUACUUGAUUGUAUAGUUUCUCUCCUCCCCCUUCCUUGGUACUGCAGCUGAGACCAAGCUGUGUGAACAGUGUUGUGUUGCCUGGAGAAAUGUUCAAGGAGUCACUGCUAAUUAUAUCUACUCUUGCUGUAUCUUGCAAGAAUUUGAACUGGAUGUGCAGGCUCUGCUGUCACUGCCAUAUUGUCUAUAGGGAGAGGAGAACAAGCUAGUAGAACCGAUUAUAGUUGUAAGAAGUCACUUUGUAAGUGGCUUACUCAGUUAAUAACCAGGAAGAGUUCCUUGGCAUCUAACUUAUUCCCAUGGAGACUCAUUUCUUGGGUUGUACUUUGGAUUCUUUUUCCAAAAUGGAAAAAGACCUUUUCAUUUUUCCAGUUCUUAAUAAAUAUUUUAUCUGUGAA